AUCAUGGGGCACUUGCUGCAACUGGUCAUUGGGCUAUUUACCUGCCUUAGCUUCACAAACGCGUUACCAGCACUAUUCCCGAAGGGCAAGAUCACGACUUACAGGUACUAUGCGGACGUCAAAGCGGGUACUUUUGAAUCGACGCCCUUUGCUUCGCAAUUCGCGAUCGCUGGUUUUCUGCAUGUGACACCUGAGGUUGGCGAUAAGAGCCUGAAGAAUGCCUUUUACAUGAGUCUCAAUGUUACUCAUGGUAUCCGAAAUGGUGCCAUAAGUCAUUCCGACAAAAUCGAAAAUAAUUUCCUCCCUCUUGCCGACAUUGCUGGAGUUCUGAACGAUCCCUUUAUCGUUGUCUUCGACGACAAUGGCAAGGUGAAAAAUCUCUUGGUGAAUGGGCAUGAGGCCGGAUGGUCUGUAAAUAUGAAAAAAUCAAUCGUUUCCAUACUCCAGUUGGACGUAUCGGCCAUGAAACUUGAGACGCCCAUUAAAUCGCACCUUUUUGUAACUCGCGAGAAUACGGUGUAUGGUGAGUGUUCCGUUACCUACAAUCUCAAAGGAGCGAAAAUGCUCGGAGAGAAGCAUUUCACUGUAACAAAAAACAUGGAUCCCAUGAGUUGUACGAAAUUUGAUCAAGACACCUUUGAUUCUCAGGAAUUUCAAGGUUGCCUUAUUCCGGUAGAGGAAGAUGUGAAUGCUGUUAGUCGAAGAGUCUUUCAGAUUGAAAAUAAUGUCGAUCACCUUCUUAUUAAAACUGUGCACGCCCAUGGAGUCUUGAACUAUUUCCCAUGGAGAACUGAAUCUGAGGCUCAUUACAUUCUUGUUAAUCAGACUAUCGAUCUUGAAUCAGUAGAGUCACUGGACAGUAUUUCCUUGGCUAAAUUUGACAUACAAACAGCAAUAACUGUGAGUGACAUAGCAUUCGAAAAGUCACGAAGUACUUACGCCGUUGAUGCCGGUAUAGACCAUACCUACGGACGUCAUGUUGUCAAUCUCGAGAUUUUGGUGACAAAGUUGAUAAAAUUGCUUGAAGAAGCUGCUGACUAUAUGUUGAAAAAUAAUGUUGAAAUAGUGUCACCCGAAGCGGAGCACGGUCAAAAAAUGAACCACAUUUUAGAUGUGAUAACUUUAAUGGACGUCCCAUCACUUGAAGAAGUUUUAAAAAAUAUCGCUGGUGGAGGUUUCGAGAGGAACGAGACUAUUACAAAGCUCUUUCUGCACGUGGUGCCUUACGCUGGGACUAAUGCUACUACUUUAUUCACUCGAAACAACAUUCGUAAUGGCAAAAUCGAAGAAAUGAUUGCUCUUUCUAUGCUGGGCAAGCUGGCAAACUACAUCCGUUUCCCUACGGAGGAGUUGUUGGUCGAAAUGGAAGACCUUAUGAGUUUGGGAUCUGAGGUACCAUUGGACGUCCGUAAAGCUGGAAUCCUCACCUUCGCAACUAUGAUUUACAAAACGCACAAGCAUCAGAAAUACUAUCAUACUCUAAAUCCGGCACUGGUCAGCAAAUAUGUGAAUCACUAUUUCGAUCAUGUUAUGAGUGAAACGUCGUUCGAUAUGAAGUUGGUCUACAUUUAUGGUAUGAGGAAUAUUCAGAUUGGCGACGUACACAAACUUUUAGAACCAAUUGUACGCGGUGACUUGAAGGUCUCCAAGAAGCCGGAGUACAUUCGUUUCCAUGCAAUUAUGGUCUUCUGGAGGGCCCCUCUUGCGACAGAAUACAUCGAUGAACUCUUUUGGCCCCUUAUGGCCGAUACCGAGUUAAUGUUGAGCAUCAGAAUUUGGGCAUAUAAUAUUCUGCUUGAGAAAUCACACCGAAUAGACCGUUUGAUGCAGCUGUAUUGGUUCAUGACCGAGGAGAAAAAUGAACAUUUAUAUAAUCAUUAUUACACAACCAUAAAGAGUUUAGCACAUUCAGCCAAUCCUUGUUUGAUACCUGUAAAGGAAAAGGCAGCCCAGAUCCUGCGCGUCAUCACUUUACGAGAAAAUUCUGACACUCUGACCGGUUUCAGCGAAAUCGAUUAUGAAAAUAAGAAGUUUGGAUUUGGUGAGGCUGCCAAGGUUUUCAUUGCUUACGGUGAAGAGAAUGGCGCGCCUACUGCCGCCUUCAUUGAGUAUGAUAUAAUAAAAAGACGCAAACCUAUCAAUGCUGUAUCGGUUUGGAUUCGCGUAGAGGGUUUCGAAUUUGAUAUUGUCAAUGACAUUAUGGAUAAUGAUUUAAAAGAACCGCAUUUGCAUACGGAAAAAAUAGAAGCCCUGUUAAAAAGGGCCAGCCAAGACAUGCCUCGUAAUAAACCGAUUCAUAUCGAAGUAAUGGUCAUGGUUCAGGGACGCACAGUAUUAGUCCGAUACUACGAUGAAGAUACGUUUUCAGGAAAACCAGAGUUAACGCAUUUGAUCAGAAUGGCACAAGAUAUGAAACUUGGUUUGCAAGAUAUUACCUUUGAUGAGCUUUAUGCCAUGCAGGUGCCGAAUGAUCUUGGCCUGCCAACUCUUUUUUACAACAAAGUUCCACACGUCAUGGCAUUACAAGGAAAAGUCACAGGAUUCGAAGAUUCUGCUCUGAUUGCCAUGAAAAUAGAAGCUGUGCUACGGGACUGGCGCGAUGGCUAUUAUUCCAUGGAAGUCUACAAUCCAAUUAUUGACGCUUGGCAUGCUGUUCGACGAGUAUCAGCCUUCGAGGUCAGUCUACCAUUCGCGAUGAGCAUUGGGUUGAACUUGAAAACUGCAAGCCUGAAGCUAAUUUUCCCCAGGCUGCCCUUAACCCAAUAUUCCGUUACUGGUGUGCGAUUAGACAUAAGAAAUUACGUACUUGUUAUGGAUGCAGAACAAGGCAUACUCCACCAGCAUUGUCCAAGUUGUCACCCUAUCGAGCUUGUUUCCAAGGGUUCAAGCUACCGAAAAAAUACAACACUACUCAAUUACGACUCGAAAGAUACGGGACUGAGUUUCAGUGUUAACGAAUAUAAUUGCGAGAGAGACGUCGCACCAGGCUAUCAGUUUAAACUGUUGACAGACAUGUUGGAUGAUUCCCAAGAAAAUUUCAGGUACGAUGAUGGAAUAUUUGUCCUUGCCACACUACGAGAAUACUACCUUUACACACUUAACUAUCCCGAAAGGGGGAUGUGUGGAUACAUUAUGAAAGUGGAACCCAGCGCUGUUUAUCCUACCUCCGAAUUCACAGUUAGCAUGCACUUCGACCAUGACAUACCAAUCUCGAAAAAGUUGAGCUUGUUCCCUGCUGAAAAGUAUCGUUUUGAUGCAACGUUUGAAACCACAGCAGCUAUAACGAAAGCCCCUCGUCAGACGUGGACUGUAAAGGGCCAGUUCAGUUCGCCCGAAGGGCACGUCAACGAUCAUCUGCGACUCCACGUGACGAGAAUUAUACCGGGGCAAAAGAACCUCAAGAUUUGCCUGGAUAAUUACAACAGCUAUCCGACAACACAAAUCGAUCCUUUCGAUCAGAUUCAGUUCCCGAAGCAAAAGUCGUAUACAAACUUGACGUUGUUCGUUGGAGAAACCGAGGACGAUGCCUGUGUCGAUGAUGGGAUAUCAGUUAUGAUUACCGGAAAAGCUCAGCUCUCAGACGAACAAAGGGAAGGGUACAAAAAUGCCAAGGACUAUGGGUUAUGCCAAAAAGAUGUUGAUAACCCUUCAUAUCUUUACGCUGAGACUUCGAUAAUUCCCAGAACACCAAAUUGUUUGAGUGAAACAAUUCAACGUACAACACUACGAAAAUACAUUUAUUCGAUCUCCUACGCGAAUAUUUCGGGUGAAUUUUUGUCUGGGAUGUAUUUGUUCCUUGACUACCUGCGGCUCGAUUCAUUACAAUACCUUACAUACGACAUCUCGCGUAAAUCACUGCCAGGACAUAUAGAGGUUUCAAUGGAAUAUUCUAUGAACGACAAAUUCCUCAAUUUAACCAUACUUAACCCAACAUACGGAGAGAUCUAUACCGGUAUUGAGGAAGAUGACGAUGAAGGUUGGACCUAUCUGAUGGAGAAUACAUUGUUUUCUUCGUCUUUCCUUGAUGAUAUAAGAGAAAAAAACUUGAAAUUCUGUACUAUUUAUCCUGAUGUUUUGCUGGAUGCUGAUGGUGGCGUCCACAAGAUCGUCGUUCCUGGCGAAUGGACUCUGCUAACCGGCGAUCACGUAGAUCAUUUAUUUGCUGUAUUCGUCAAGUCUAUCGAACCUAAAAAGCUUGGUAUGAUGAUGAGCAUCGCCAACCACACGAUAGAAGCCAUUCCUUCUUCCUCUGGUCCUAAAGUGAUUGUUGAUGGUCUGGUGAUUGAUCACGAAAACGGCGUAAUCGUUCCUGAGGACGAGGACUAUGUGCUGCGGACCGCUUGGCACUACAACCGUUUGCUGAUUGAGACAACCUAUGCCGAAUUCACUGUCGAAUGGACCGGAAUAUCAGUUAUGUUGAUGAUGGAAAAAGACCUUCAGGGAAAAGUGAUGGGUCUCUGUGGACAUUUGGAUGGAAAGCAUAAGUAUCACAUGGCAAAAGUGUACACCCUUGAUGCCCAAAGUUAAAUCGAAAAGUCGGAAAAAAAUUCCCGCGAAAGUAGAG